AUGCUCGCUGGCAAGGCUGUCAGCCACAGAUUUGGUCUGAUGGUAUAUGGUGUUCAUGUAGAUGGUGGUGAAUAUGGAGAUGGUCAUGGUUUUGUUGAUAUAGAUGGAGAUGAAUAUGAAGAUGGUAAUGGUGGUGUUGAUGAUGUGGAUGGUGGUGGUGAAUGUGAAGAUGGUAGUGGUGGUGUUGAUGUAGACGGUGGUGAAUGUGAAGAUGGUAGUGGUGGUGUUGAUGUAGAUGGUGGUGAAUGUGAAGAUGGUAGUGUUGAUGUUGAUGUAGAUGGUGGUGAAUAUGAAGAUGGUUAUGGUGGUGUUGAUGUAGAUGGUGGUGAAUAUAAAGAGGCUAGUGGUGGUGUUGAUGUAGACGGUGGUGAAUGUGAAGAUGGUAGUGGUGGUGUUGAUAUAGAUGGUGGUGAAUAUGAAGAUGGUUAUGGUGGUGUUGAUAUAGAUGGUGGUGAAUAUGAAGAUGGUUAUGGUGGUGUUGAUGUAGAUGGUGGUGAAUAUGAAGAUGGUAGUGGUGGUAUUGAUAUAGAUGGUGGUGAAUAUGAAGAUGGUUAUGGUGGUGUUGAUGUAGAUGGUGGUGAAUAUGAAGAUGGAAGUGGUGGUGUUGAUAUAGAUGGUGGUGAAUAUGAAGAUGGUUAUGGUGGUGUUGAUGUAGAUGGUGGUGAAUAUGAAGAUGGUUAUGGUGGUGUUGAUGGGGAAUAUGAAGAUGGAGGUGUUGAUAUAGAUGGUGCUGAAUAUGAAGAGGGUAGUGGUGGUGUUGAUAUAGUUGUUGAUAUAGAUGGAGAUGAAUAUGAAGAUGGUAAUGGUGGUGUUGAUGAUGUGGAUGGUGAUGGUGGUAAAUGUGAAGAUGGUAGUGGUGGUGUUGAUGUAGAUGGUAGUGAAUAUGGAGAUGGAGGUGUUGAUAUAGAUGGAGAUGAAUAUGAAGAUGGUAGUGGUGGUGUUGAUGUAGAUGGUGGUGAAUAUGGAGAUGGAGGUGUUGAUGUAGAUGGUGGUGAAUGUGAAGAUGGUAGUGGUGGUGUUGAUAUAGAUGGUGGUGAAUGUGAAGAUGGUUAUGGUGGUGUUGAUGUAGAUGGUGGUGAAUAUGAAGAUGGUAGUGGUGGUAUUGAUAUAGAUGGUGCUGAAUAUGAAGAGGCUAGUGGUGGUGUUGAUAUAGAUGGUGAUGGUGGUGAAUGUGAAGAUGGUAGUGGUGGUGUUGAUGUAGAUGGUGGUGAAUAUGAAGAGGCUAGUGGUGGUGUUGAUGUAGAUGGUGGUGAAUAUGAAGAGGCUAGUGGUGGUGUUGAUGUAGAUGGUGGUGAAUGUGAAGAUGGUAGUGUUGAUGUUGAUGUAGAUGGUGGUGAAUAUGAAGAUGGUUAUGGUGGUGUUGAUGUAGAUGGUGGUGAAUAUAAAGAGGCUAGUGGUGGUGUUGAUGUAGACGGUGGUGAAUGUGAAGAUGGUAGUGGUGGUGUUGAUAUAGAUGGUGGUGAAUAUGAAGAUGGUUAUGGUGGUGUUGAUAUAGAUGGUGGUGAAUAUGAAGAUGGUUAUGGUGGUGUUGAUGUAGAUGGUGGUGAAUAUAAAGAGGCUAGUGGUGGUGUUGUCAUAUAUAUGGUGGUGAAUAUGAAGAUGGUAAUGGUGGUGUUGAUGUCACUUUACCUUUGA